AUGUUAGGCUUAGCGCCGAACCCGUCGUUCGGAUCGUACGACCGGUCGGUGGCGGCCGUCGACGCCGUCCAAGAGUUGUCCGCAUUCAACGCCACGAGUCUUCCGCUGCCGGCCGUCGAGUCGUUUGAUUUGAACCACUUGUACGACAACAACGACUCUUCCAAGAAGAUCGACAUCCAUAUGGAUAAGGGAACCACUACUCUGGCCUUCAGAUACAAAGGCGAGUUGGUUCACACAAAGCAUCCCAACGACGCCCACAAAGCGCUGGCGGAGACCGAGAAACGUCUGGCCAAUGAAGGCAAACGGCUGGUUGUCAUCACUCAGAACAUCGACGAAUUGCAUCGAAGGGCUGGAAGUGAUAAUGUGAUCGAAUUGCACGGAACUCUCUUUAAGACUCAGUGCACGAAAUGCGGUGACAUUGCCGUCAAUAAGGAGUCACCGAUAGUGCCGGCACUCAAAGGCAAAGGCAGUCCCGACCCCUCGGAAAUGGACUCAAAGAUUGCGAUCAAAGAGUUACCGCAUUGUGUCAAAUGUCACGGACUUCUCAGACCGCAUGUGGUCUGGUUUGGCGAACCCCUCGACCCGAGUGUUCUUGAGGCGGCACAAACUGAGCUGGACAAAUGCGAUCUUUGUCUUGUGAUCGGCACCUCUUCUAUCGUAUAUCCGGCGGCAAUGUUUGCCCCACAAGUGGCCUCUCGAGGGGUACCCGUCGCUGAGUUUAAUAUUGAGAGCACUCCCGGAACCCAUCAUUUCGGAUUUCACUUCGAGGGCGGCUGUGCCUCAACCCUUCCGCAGGCUAUCAGAGCGGUUAAGAACUGAUUGAUUGGUCCAACACUGAGAGACAAUCUGUUGUAUUCUUAAUUCAAUUAUUUCAACUCUUUUGCCAAACUAUUUGUACUCUAUUUUUGUUAAUUGUUUUUUAAUUACUCGCGAAAGAGAAUUAUUUUUAUGCGAAUAUUGUUAAUGAUUUAAUCAAAUGCUUACCAGUUGUCAAAUGAAUACCCCAUAAUGAGAGUCAAUUGAUUGCUUAUUUACAGAGUCUUAAUUCUAUCAAAUUUAUCUAUUUUAAUUGCAUUUUAUUAUUUUUUAUACGUUUAUUAUCAG